ACAAAGCAAACUCAUUCUACAAAGUUUCUCUUUCUUUGUUCAUUCCCAACAUCAAAUUUUCACCAAAAACACAUACAAUCUGUAUAUAUACAUAUACAUAUACAUACACAUAUAUAUACACACAUAAAGAUUAUUCCUUUCUUGAUUGAUUCCUUUGAUCUUGUGAAUGUGGCUUCUUUUAAGAGUUAUAGCAUUUGAUUAUUUUGGGAUUUAUAUCAAUAAUGCCAACAGUAUUGAAUCAAGAUGAUAGAAGUAGUCAAGUGUAUGAUUUAGGGACAUUUGGGGAUGAUAGCAGAAGGGUUAGGUUUAGAUCUUUGAAGAAAAAAGCAAUGGGAGUAUCAACGAAACCGAUAAACUCACUUAAAACGCGAGGUAAUAAGCGUGUGUCGAAUUGCAAAUUUGCUUCCAUUUCUAUUGAUGAUGUUAGAGAUGAGGAGGAAGAGAAAGUUGUAAAUGCUUUUCGGCAAAUAUUGAUGGAAAAAGACUUUCUUUCUCAACGACAUGAUGAUUACCAUACACUGUUGAGAUUCUUGAAGGCAAGGAAGUUCGAUAUUGAUAAGGCGGUCCAAAUGUGGAUAGAAAUGCUUAAAUGGAGGAAAGACUAUGGUGCUGACUCUAUCUUAGAGGAUUUCGUAUAUAAUGAGUAUGAAGAGGUUCAAAGCUACUAUCCUCAUGGCUAUCAUGGUGUUGACAAAGAGGGACGACCUGUUUAUGUUGAAAGACUGGGACAAGUUGACCCGAGUAAGCUUAUGAGCGUCACAACGGUUGACAGGUUUUUAAGAUAUCAUGUACAAGGUUUUGAAAGAGCUUUUUCUGAGAAGUUCCCAGCAUGUUCUGUUGCAGCUAGAAGACAUAUAGAUUCUUGCACCACCAUAUUAGAUGUUCUUGGAAUGAACUGGAUGAGCUUCGGUAAAGUUGCGCACGAUUUGCUAAUGCGAAUGCAAAAAAUAGAUGGAGAUAACUAUCCUGAGACGUUACAUCAGAUGUUCAUUGUGAAUGCUGGUAGUGGAUUCAAAUUAGUAUGGAAUACAGUAAAAGGGUUUCUUGAUCCAAGAACGACAUCAAAGAUCCAUGUUCUUGGCAACAAGUAUCAGAACAAAUUGUUGGAAGUUAUAGAUUCAAGCCAAUUGCCAGAAUUUCUUGGUGGACUUUGUUCGUGCCCAAAUGAAGGCGGAUGCUUGAAGUCAGACAAGGGUCCUUGGCAUGAUCAAGAAUUGAUGAAGAUAAUAAGCACGGGAAAUACAGAGAAGAAUGAUAGCUUCUAUGAUGAUACUACUGUAGAGGUGAAGUCAAUUGUUUCUGAGUCUACAAGUUGUAAAGUCUCCGGAGAGUUAAUAUCGCACUCGGGUUUCCAAGCUCACACUCCAAGAAGAUCAAUGUCUCUCCAGCUUAGGAGCUCGGUUAGCAAGCCUGUUUCUAUUCAAACAAGAGUUGAACCAGUAGAUUCUGGUACUCAGAUCGAUGGAACUACCAGAAAUGAUUUGAGACGAUCAAGGACGACAGAAGAACCCACUACUGUAAAGAAAGUCUUCAGAGUUAUAUACAAAAUUUUAUCGUAUAUAUUUUAUCUUCUUUUUAAUUUUGUGAAAUUUUUGUUGAGAACUAUUUUGAAUUCAUUUAAAUAUGAAAAAAACACACCCCAGUUUGUAAAAACUUCAGUUCCUCUAGAAAAGGACCUUUUACAUCCUUGUGAGGAGAAAUUAAAACAACUUGAAGCAAUGGUGGCUGAGCUUUCAAGUAAACCUUCAAGAAUUCCACAAGAGAAAGACGAGAUGCUUGCGGAAUCCAUGAAUCGAAUAAGAUCAAUGGAGUAUGACUUGCAGAAGACAAAGAAAGCAUUGUUCGCUACAGCUUCAAAACAAAUGGAGCUUGAGGAGUCUAUAGAGACGCUAAGAGGGGACACGAUAAAUAGAAACUCAUGUUGGAUAAGACGUACCAAAUCAUCCUUGAGUGGAAGAUGGCAAUGAACAUAAAGCCAGAUUUUUAAACUUCAAAAGUCUUCAACAUACAGGCAUAAGAAUUUUUAUUCACACUUUGAGGUUUCUCUUCGUCUCCAAGCAUUAUAGGAUACUUAUACACACAUCAUUCAAAGAUAUAUGAUUUCUUGGUUUUUUCUCCUCCCCAGCUUACAAUUCAAAGGCAUUUUGCAACUUCUUUUGAAGGGUUUCUGGUUCUUUAAAGAAGAUGCAUUCUUGUUAAUAGAUAGUUUACAUAGAAUCCGAUAAUUUGCUUUGGAAAAUCGAGUCAACAUGUAUAGGUUGAUUGGUUUUUGGUGAAAAUUACUACUUUUUUUUUGUCCCGUUUCAAGAUGUAAUGGUCCCCAAGAGUUUAUAUCGCAAUGAUACAAUUUGCGGUUGAACCCAAACAAAAAGAGCUAAAUGUUAUUUUUCCCUUUCAA